CUGUUAGAAAAGUGGACGGAUGAGAAUAAGAUAGUCACAAUGGCAACUCCUCGUUUAAAAGGACGGAGAAAUGGGAAUGGAAGUGGAGCCGUCGUAUCUGAUGUAGUGUGUUAUUGUAAUGGAGAAAGGGAUCUAGGAAAUUUGGAGUUAUUUUGUUCCGGUUGUAUGAGAUGGUACCACGGCAAAUGCCUCAAAGAUUUAGGAGAUUUUCUUAAGUAUGGACUCUCGUUCAUGGUUUGCUACAGUUUCAGCUGCAAAAACUGCAGCAACACAAGAAUAGAAACUUGGGUUGCCAAACAAGCUAAUUUCGUACAUAUGUGCGUGACUGUCUUAGCUAAUCUCACAGCUGAUCGACUGCGGAAAGAAGGCAGACUCGAAGGGAUCACGGCCAAUUAUGAAACACAUUUUUUUAGUUUGCAUGAAGAUAUAAUUCCUUAUUUUGAUGCUAAUUGGGAAAAUCUAACGUCAAUGGGUAGACGAGUGAAGACUACUUGGCAUGCUACUCUUCAGAAAACAUUAGCAAAAGAACCAGAAUUGUUCCAGACUGACCCGUUAGACGAUAGUAAAUAUGCCUUAAGGGAAAGCUUAUUUGAUAUAGGUCCUUGCAAUGAGAAAGUUCGUAUGAUCGGGUCUAGGAAAACGUUGACAGAAAAAAGUAACGUCGCUUCUGCCGUUGCACAAGACAAAACAACAGACAAGAAUGAGAAGACGGACGAAGGACCCAAAACGAGAGGAGCCAGUAAGCGGAGAAACGCUGAUAACAGUGGGGUAAACACUAAAAAACCUAAAGCUGCUGAUUAUUCAUCAGCUAAAAUAGCUGGACAUGAUUCUUCCAUCGAUUUCCCAUUUAACAAAGAUGGUUAUCGAUAUUUCUUAGUAGAAAGAGAUCCUAAUGUUCCCGAACCAGAAAUUAAAACUGAGAAAGAUGAUGCUCCUCUUAUCAUAUUAAAUACUUUGUAUCGUGUAGUGAAUACUGAUAUUGUAACUAUUUCUCCCAAUGAUAGAGCUUAUCAAUUGCGCGUGGGUGACGACCAAAUGACGGUAACUGGUUUCGAAGGAUAUUGCUUAGCCAGAGCAACUCAUGGAGUUAGUACUGGUACAUGGUACUAUGAGGUUCAAUUUUUGAAACAACCACCAGGCACUCAUGUUCGUAUAGGUUGGAGUCAACCUUUGGCUGUCGUUCAAUCUUGUUGCGGAUACAAUAAGCUAUCGUAUAGUUGGCGGUCGUUAAAAGGAACUAAAUUCCAUGAAGGAUAUGGAAAAAAAUAUUGCCUUGGGGGUUAUAAAGAGGGGGACGUUUUGGGAAUGUUGAUCCAUUUACCCCUUGACAUUAACACUAAUGUACCUUCUUCACACUACUUGCCUGAUUCCAUGAAGGAUAAUCAUCUCAUCAAGUUUAAAAGUAACUAUUUCUAUGAAUCUCACGAAGAUGUAGCCGCUCAUGUAAAGACACUAGGAUCUCUCAAAGGCAGCAAGAUCGAAUUUUUCCUCAACGGCAAGUCUUGCGGAGUAGCCUAUGAAGAUAUCUAUCGAGGAACAUAUUAUCCUACAGUCUCUCUAUUCGGAUCGGCCUCUGUACGAUGUAAUUUCGGACCAAAUGUGCGUUAUCCUCCACCACCCGGAGCCCGUUUAAUCUGUGAAAGACCUGCUGAAGUUCACUAUGAACAAGCUCUGAGCGAUAUGUUGCAUAUAGUAGAUGUUAAACCUAAGCCGGUCUCACCUGUCCCCUCCACCUAA